GAUACGAAGCAUGUGUGUCUUGCUGCCAGUUUUCGGGAUCACUUGGCUGUUCGGAGUGUUCGCUGUCAACAGAGAAACUGUCGUGUUUCAAUACCUCUUUGUCAUAUUUAACAGUCUACAGGGAGCCCUUAUCUUUAUAGUUCAGUGCAUGCUGGAUAGGAAAGUGCAGGACGCGUUCAAAACCAGGCGUACGAGGUGGCUUUCAUCAAAAGUGGAAACGAAUGCUUCUGAAAUGAAAUUGAUGUCCUCGGCUGUUACAAAAUCGAGAAAAGUGCCUUCCGAAUCAUCUGCAUAGCUGCCGAAUUCAAAUCUGUUGACCAACUUUUGAGCUCAAAGACAUUCUUCGGUUAGUUUAAGCGAAUACAGUCUGUGUUUAUUUGACAUUGUUACUUCGAUUAUAGUGCGUUGUUUGAGUAUAGUUUAGUACAACAACAAAAAGACAUAACACUUGCCAGCGCGCAUUAACUCAUUUAAUGGAACCUAAUCAUGACUGAAAAGAAGCUUAUAUUUCGUUGAAGGCUUUCUAAAUGAUAAAAUGAGAAACCGUCUGGCGAUCCAAUUGGUCGAGGCAGCAGGAGCAUAAACGCCAAAUCAUUCAAUUCAAAAUCGCCAUUUUGUUGUUAUAAUGCCUUAUAAUCAACGUUAAACUACUUGUAAUUAAAACAGUAUACAUUGUUGUGUCUAAUAUAUGUCUUAGUAGCCAUUCUAUUACUAAGUCGUUUUUUGUUGUUAUAAUGCCUUAUAAUCAACGUUGAACUAAUUGUUAUUAAAACAAUAUUCAUGUUUGUUUUUAAUAUUAGUUUUAGUAGCCAUUCUAUUCAUAAGUCGUAUCUUACAUCAAGAAAGGGUCACUUUCAUAUUUUCUCUUCCUCUUUCAUGUCAGCUUCUAAUCUUCGCAACUCUUACUUAAACUUCCCAUAAUUCAAAAGAUGAAAUAAGUACCCGUAUGGAUCUCCUUUUAUUGUGAUCACACAAUCACAUUCUUUGUUGAAGACCGUCGUCCAUAACCUUGUCUUGUGGCCAUAUUUAUAUCCAAAUUAUUUUUUCUGAGGUGGGAUAAAAGGAAAUCCAUCAUAGCCGCUCGUGUAAGAUUCAUCCCAACCCUCGCGCAGGGUGUUCUGUAGAAACUCGGUAAACCUCGUUACCGCUUAAAAUUCUACGCUUUGGUUGGGGUGAACCUUUAUCCCACCUCAUAUAAGUAAAUCUAAAAAUUUAACCAUGUAAGAAAUUCAAAAAAUCAACAAGUACCCGUAUGGAACUCUUUUUUAAUGGUAAUCACAUUGUAAUUACCUCCCUUGUUGAAGACUGUAGUCUGGAGCAUCAUAGAAACCUUUUCUUCCGGCAAUAUUUAGAAUGCUACUUAAUUAAAUGGCAUCAUAAUUAAGUUUUCACGCAGCAUUCAUGAAAAGAUGCUGCACUCACCUCAGAACUAUUUAAAGACCGAUUUAACAUACUAGUCUGAAUUCAUGACAACCAUAAGUUAUCACAUAUCCAUACGCAUUUAUUUUCACUACACACAAAAGAGUUUCAGCAAUUUUUUUUUUUUUUUACUUUAUUUUGUUUAACUGAGGCGGGAGAAAAAGCAUCUACCAUAGCCGCUCGUGUAAGAUAACCUCAUUUCCGCAAAACACCCUACGCUCGGGUCGUGAUGAACCUAUCUUACACUCUCGACCAUGGAAGAUACUUAUAAUCUAAACUCUCGGCCAUUGAAGAUACUUAUUAUUCCAUAAAAUAUUUCUGCUUCACCAAACAUUUCUCCAACCAUAAGUAUCUCCAGCUCAAACAUGUAGCUAUUCCAGCAUAUUUUAUUUUCUUCAUCCACGCCACAAAACAUGGUUAACCUUGGAUGGAUGAAUGUCUGAUGUUAUAAUUCAUAUUCACUGCCACUGUCAUCAAAUUUCACUUCAGCUAUUGUCAAUAUUAACUUAACAAAGUUUCACACAACAUGUAGCCAGAUAAUGAUCACUUCAAUAAGAUCACUGAUUGUUUGUCACUAUGGUUCUAUACUUAAGUCAAUAAAUUGUCAAUUUAGACUGUCGCAAAAGUGAAAUUCACUGUAAAUUAUCAUACACAUAUUAAGCUUAAUUCACGAUAUUCACUUUCACUCGUACAAGUUGUUCUAAAUCAUCAUAGUAUAUGUUACUAUAUGCAUGGCUUUAAUACAUUCUAAUGUCACAUGCUCCCAUUUUCACUAAUUUCCAAAUCAAAGAUUUUGUUCCAAAAAGUUCACCAUUCAUUUAUUACACAGCUUGAAAUAAUCAUGACACAAAGGAAUUACUUAUGCAAUGGAAGUAUUUUUGUUAGGAUAUAUCGUUAUACAGUUGACACGGCUAUUCUGAACACCGUUUAUCCGAAAUUAUCGCUAUUUCGAAUUUAUUUUUCGGUUCCGAUUUUUCUCCUUCUUUGUUUAACUGAAUUUUUGGUCUUUAAUCCGAAAUCGCUUUUCCGAAAUAAUCGCUAUUCCGAAGUAAAAAUAACGGUCCCGAUUUGGUAUUUCACACCUAUUUAUCAAUUCUUAAUUCGAACCUGAUCGUGUCAUAGUUUUUCACACCUUACUGCGAAUGCACUCGGGCAUCGGCCUGAGGUGACAAUGGAGCACAAUUAGCGCUUGUUAAAGAAUAACUUUGAGCACGCGUAUGUUACAAACAUCGAUGUCAGAAAAUGAGCGAUUCAUUUCGGUGAUGUAGUAUAUAAUUGCUGGUUAACGCAACCUGAAUACCAUUCAAAAAUGUCAUCAGAUUCAUGCAUGUGCUGUCAUUUUGUUUUAUAAGUAUAAUAACGAAUUAUUUGUCAAUUAUUAAGCAAUCAAUUAACAAAUAGUUUUAUAUAAGAAAUAUAACUCAAACCGAGUGUAUCGUAUUGGUAACGGGUAACCGACAUUGCAAUUUUCAUGACUUAGUAUUUAACGUCAUCUAUAAUUCGCGAACGCUGUCAUUUACGGAAAAUUGUUAAUCCGAAACACCUUUAUUUCGAAAUAAUUCGUUGGGUCCCUACAACUUCGGAUUAACGGUGUUUAACUGUAUAUGUGAUAUAGUAUUGUUAAAAAAAUAAACUUUCACAUAUGUUUACAAAAUGUAAUAA